AUGACCCCCACAAAGCCGUUAAAGACAGCGGGACCUUCCAGAUCCAACAAGGUGCCAAUUGAGCUGCAGCAGCUCCUGCUGGAUAUUUUUAGGACCAGUUUUGCACCCCGCUUUGAUUCCGGGUUUCCUGCAAUUGUGCAGCAGAUCAAGGAGCAUCUUUUCAACCGGGACUUCAAAUCUGCCUUUGGGCGAAAGUCUUUCCUCGAGGCUUAUGCCAUGAGGUGGAGCCCAAGCAGAGCACUAGCCUACACCCACAUAUUCUCGCAAGUGUUAUCAAAAUACCACCUGGAUGCUGAGAACCUCGACCAAGCUUCGGGAGAGCUGCCAUUGGCCGCCUCUCAGGUGCCAUCCGUCUCUACCAGACGAAUCGUCUGUAUCGGCGGAGGUGCAGGCGCUGAGCUCGUAGCGCUGGCCGCAUAUCUGCAGGUCAUCGGCCAUCCCUGUGCCAGUUUCAGUGACCUUGAGGGUAAAUCCAAGUGCUUGCCACCAUACUUCGCCAUCAAAUCUAUAGACAUUGCUGAUUGGUCAACGGUACUGAAAGAGCUCCACUCAUGCAUGACUGCAGCGCCUCCAAUAUCGGAGUAUUCUUCGUCUGCAGCUAAGGAGGCAAACGCUGCGUUAAUCAGCCCUGCGGCUUGCACGUUGAGCUUCAUGCAGGAAGACGUCCUCAGAAUGAAAAACGAGGAUUUAGCAACCAGCUUUACUGACACUGCUCUUGUAACUUUGAUGUUCACCCUUAACGAGCUGUAUAGCACUUCUAUCAGCUCAACCACUAAUCUGCUGUUGUCUCUCACGAUGCUCUUAGCGCCAGGAGCUCUGCUACUGGUAGUAGAUAGCCCUGGCAGCUACUCGACCGUGGACUUUGAGAAGGCGUCUGGUUCAGAUGGCGGCGGUACGCGAAAAAGGUAUCCCAUGCAAUGGCUUCUUGAUCACACGCUUCUGGAAUCUGCUGCGAUCAGCGCUAGUAAGAAUGCUUCAGCAGAACGGCAAUGGGAGAAAUUAGAAUCCAAAGAAUCAGAGUGGUUUAGAUUAGCCAACGAUUUACGCUAUCCUGUCACUCUGGAAGACAUGAGGUACCAACUCCAUCUCUAUCGGCGCCUGUGA